GCGCAGACUCGGAGGCUUACGAUCGGUACCGCCCAGGUCUCGCGAGAGCGCAGCCUGACGUCUCGCGAUACGAGGGCGCCGGCGGAGAAGAGGGAGAUCUGAGCGGCUGCGGCGCAUGCAACCUGGCUGAGGCGGCGAGAAAGGAAGUGGCCAUGGAAGACCUGGGGGAAAACACCACCGUCCUGUCCACCCUGAGGUCUUUGAACAACUUCAUUUCUCAGCGAGUGGAGGGAGGAUCGGGACUGGAUGUCUCCACUUCUGCCCAGGGCUCUCUGCAGACGCAGUACCAGCAGAGCAUGCAGUUGGAGGAGCGAGCGGAGCAGAUCCGGUCCAAGUCUCACCUCAUCCAGGUGGAGCGGGAGAAGAUGCAGAUGGAGCUGAGUCACAAGCGGGCUCGAGUGGAGUUGGAGCGGGCUGCCAGCACGAGUGCCAGGAGCUACGAGCGCGAGGUGGACCGCAACCAGGAGCUCCUGACGCGCAUCCGGCAGCUGCAGGAGCGGGAGGCCGAGGCGGAGGAGGAGAUGAAGGCGCAGCUGGAGCGCCACAGGCUGUGCCAGCAGAGCCUGGACGCGGCCGGCAGGAGGCUGCGGGAGAAGGAGGACGGCCUGGCCGAGGCCGGCGAGACUAUCAGCACGUUAAAGGGGAGGAUCUCGGAGCUGCAAUGGAGCGUCAUGAACCAGGAGAUGCAGGUGAAGCGCCUGGAGUCGGAGAAGCAGGAGCUGAAGGAGCAGCUGGACCUGCAGCACAAAAAGUGGCAGGAAGCUAAUCAGAAGGUUCAGGAACUCCAGGCCUGCCAAGACGCGAGGGCGGACCAGGAGCAGAGGAUUAGGGACUUGGAGCAGAAGCUGUCCCUGCAGGAGCAGGAUGCCGCGAUUGUGAAGAACAUGCGGUCGGAGCUGGUGCGGCUGCCCACGAUGGAGAGGGAGCUGCGGCAGCUGCGGGAGGAGACGGCCUGCCUGCGGGAGCUGCGAGAGACCAACGGGCUGCUCCGGGAGGAGCUGGAGGGGCUGCAGCGGAAGCUGGGGCGGCAGGAGAAGAUACAGGAGACGCUGGUUGACCUGGAGCUGGAGAAGGAGAGGCUGCUGACGAAGCUGCAGAGCUGGGAGAGCCUGGACCAGACCACGGGCUUGAGCAUCAGGACCCCGGAGGACCUUUCCAGGUUCAUCGUGGAGCUGCAGCAGCGGGAGCUUGCCCUGAAAGACAGGAACAGCUCCAUCACCAGCAGCGCCCGGGAGCUGGAGAAGGCCAGGCUGCAGCUGCAGGAGGAGGUCCGCCAGGCCAGCGGCCAGCUGCUGGAGGAGAGGAAGAAGCGGGAGGCGCACGAGGCCCUGGCCCGGCGGCUGCAGAAGCGGGUCCUGCUGCUGACGAAGGAGCGGGACGGUAUGCGCGCCAUCCUGGGCUCCUACGACAGCGAGCUGACCCCAGCCGAGUACUCGCCCCAGCUGACCCGCCGCAUGCGUGAGGCUGAGGACAUGCUGCAGAAGGCGCACGCCCACAGCUCAGAGAUGGAGGCUCAGCUGUCACAGGCCCUGGAGGAACUGGGAGCCCAGAAACAGAGAGCCGACAUGCUGGAGGUGGAGCUGAAGAUGCUGAGGACCCAGGCGGCCCCGGCCGAGGAGAGCUUCCUGUUCUCCAGGGAGGAGGUGAGCUCACUCAGGUUGAAGAUUGAGGAGCUGGAAGGGGAGCGGCGGCAUCUGGAGGAGGACAAGAAGAUGCUGGAGGCGCAGCUGGAGCGGCUGACCCUGCAGGGUGACUACGACCAGAGCAGAACCAAGGUGCUGCACCUGCGCCUGAACCCGGCCCGCGCAGCCAGGCAGCAGCUCCACGAGGGCCGGCAGCAGCUGCAGGACGAGUGCGAGCGGCUGCGGGAGCUGGUCCGCGCCCUGGAGCGAGGCGGCCUUGUCCCCGCAGACCUGGAGGCCGCCGCGGGCCUGCCCUCGUCCAAGGAGGUGGCAGGUAGGCCCCCGCCCCUGUCCUGUCCUGUCCAUCUGUCCGUCCAUCCAGCCCAUCCAUGCGGCAGCCAGGCCGUGGGUGGGCCUGGGACCGGUCUACCCUGGGGGAUGGGCAGGCGUGUGAUGUCCAGGCCUGCAGACAGCUCAGUGCGGGAGCAAGUGGCUGGAAUCUCCUCCGAGCCUAAAGCAAAUGAAUAUCGUUUAUCAGUGUAUCUGCAUCCCAUUAAUCACAAGUGA